AGCGAAGCCAGAACUCCUCCUACCUACUCAAGGGGUAGUUUUCAAUCUUUCUGGCAUUCCUCUUCCAAAUUCCCCAACGAUGGUUUAGUUUUCCUAAAUCAAAAAUAUACACAAACGUGAUAGAACAAACAUUCUUCAUAGCCCAUUAGCCGCCACCAUGUCAAACGAUCCAUCAUCGUCAGCACAACAAUCUGUUCAGCUUCUAUACGCUCCCAAUGUCCAACACAACAUUCUCACCCUGACGUCCAUAAAAUUUAUAUCCGCCGUCUUUGCUGGCUCCGUGGCUGGCAUCCUUGGUCUGACCAACUUUGCUGGGUUUGGUCUGUUUGCACUUGCGAUGCUUUGGGCUGCAUUGUGUAUCUAUGUCGUGUGUUGUAAGGGAAAGCCGGGAAGGUAUAUGGCCAGCGCAGUCACAGCGAAGGGUGUCAAUGGAGGUGGAAGUGGCAUAAUGGAAUUAUUGAACCCAGGUUCAGAUAACGCGUUUACCUUUGUGUUGGUUUGGACACUAUUUUACGGUAUAGUACAUGUAUAUGAUUAGAAGCGGAGUCUCUUUCUGGUGCACCAAUGCCUUUUCCUCGUCGGGGAUGUACUGCUCGCGCCCAUUCGUCCUCCUCGGGACAUCAUUAUGGCUCUUAAAAAUGAAAACAAGUAAUCACUAAAACACCGUACGCUGGCUUAGCAUUCGACGAUGCUGCAGUACGAAUGAACAUCGCUCGGCUGUGACCCCCUGUGAUCUCCUUUGGAUAUCUGAUAUGAUAUCUUUCCACUGUCGGUGCAAUGAAUUGUCGUGCUGGAGUUGCGAUUCCCCUUAAAUCUGAUUUGGCGGCGUUCGGGUAAGGAUCUUCAACCUCUUUGAAAUCUCUAUUCCAGGAUAUGCAUAUCGAUUCCUUGUUCUCCACUUUCCGAGCC